AUGAGAGCUUCUUACUUGUCGACGCUGUUGUUGCCAGCUCUGGUAGCCCAUGGUUUCGCCUCCCCAGUCGGGCCGGCCUCCGCACGGCAGUCCAAAGCCACGACAUCGAGCCAGCGCCACGGGUUGAAGUGGCUCGGAACAGACCAGUCGCUGCCAAAGAUUCUGGUUCUGUUCACCGGCGGCACCCUCGCUGAGGGCUCCGGUUACGGCCCCCUUGACGACACCCAGUACGGCCAAUACAGCAUCACUGCCGAGGACAUCAUCGCACGGAACCCGUACUUGUUCAACGUCUCCCAGUUGGCCGUUUCGAACUGGACGUCCGGCAGGACCGGCCCCUCGCCCAGUCGAUCCGACGCUUUCGUCAUGAACAUGACGCGCUUCCUCGACGACGCCCUCUGCUCCGACGACAGCGACGUCGACGGCGCCGUCUUCACCCACGGGACCAACUCUCUCGAAGAGACGGCCGUGCUCUUCGACCUCCUCGUCAACUGCGGCAAGACCGUCGUCGCCGCCGGCGCCUCCCGGCCCGUCUCGGCGCUGUCCGCCGACGGCGACGCCAACUUCUUCCAGAGCGUCGCCUUGGCCGCCAGCCCGGCCAGCCGGGGCCGCGGCGUGCUCCUCGCCUUCUCGAACCGCAUCCUGCAGGCCUUCUGGGCGACCAAGACGGUGCCCACGUUCCCCGACGGCUUCGGGCAGACGGCCGGCGGGAGCCUCGGCGAGUUCCUCAACAACAUGCCGUACUUCUUCAACACGCCCAGCCUGCCCGUGGACCGGCACACGUUCGAUCUGAAGGCGGUCGGCAACCACGAGAGCUACCCGUCGCUCCCAAAAGUAGACAUCCUCUUCGCCCAUCGCGAGUUUGACGGCGGCCUCGUCGCGGACGCCGUCAAGAGGGGUGCCAAGGGCGUCGUCAUUGCAGGCACCGGGAGCGGCGCGGUCCCCACCGGAAAGGAAGAGGUCGCUGCAGCUGUCGAGAACGGAACAUACGUCGUGGUCUCGACGAGGUCCCCCUACGGGGCCAGUACGCCGUCUCUGUCACCGACAUACGCCAAAUCGGGAUACGUCCACUCGUUACAGGCAAGAGUGAUGCUGCAGCUGGCCAUAGCCAGCGGGUUCAGUCAAAAAGACGUGGCAGACUUAUUUGAAGGGACGAUCAGGGAGGCCACCUUGCCAUCGUUCAUCUACGGCGUGUGA